AAUCUUUCAUGUGGGUUUUAUGACAUUUAUAUAAUUGAAGGCAUUUACACCAUAUUAAGGCCUACAACUCUUAACAGACGGGGUUCCCUUUAAACUACUGCUUUUGCAUCUGUAAAAUCUUUGCCGGAAACGUAUUUGUAUUUCAGAAAUACAAAUAAAUUACAGUCACACUUUAGACAGUUCCGCUUUCGGCAUUUUCACUUAGUUUAACGUGAUCUAAACUAACGACAGAGCGAGUGUAUGACGUUUGUACAGAUGCAGACGCCUCCGAAAUUAAGCUCUAACAUCUGCGUUGCGAUUCGGUCUGAAAUGCUACCCAGCAAAAUUGGGCAGCAGCUGGGUCACCCCACUCAGUCUCUGCUCGGAUGGAUGGUGAAAAGAUUCCUUCUCUGGCACAACGAGGUGCUGGAGAAGAAUGCUGUGAGGCUGUGUGGGAUCCAGCCGGAUGACACGGUCCUGGAGGUGGGGUUUGGACCAGGCCUGGGGCUGGAGUUCGCUGCCUCCCUCCUGUCUGGCACCAGGGGGAAGCUGUUUGGGGUGGACUAUUCGGAAUUCAUGUGCAAGUUAGCCAGCAAGAGGGUCCAGGGCCACAUUGCCAGUGGAAAAGUGACCCUGUAUCAAGCCAGGGUAGAGGCCAUGCCUUUGCCUGACAGCACCGUGGACAAGGUCUUCCACUGCAACUGCUACUACUUCUGGCCUGACCUGAGGGCUGGGACUGCAGAAAUCCACAGGGUGAUGAAACCGGGAGGACAGAUGGUGGCGACCCUUAAAGUUCAUAGUUUGGCUAAAUUGGCAUCCAAGAAGAUCCUUACAGGAGAGAACUGGCACCCUGAGGCCUACAUAGAUGCCCUCCAAGCAACCGGGUUCACAGAUAUCCGAAUGGAGGACAAGAAGGAUAAACACAUAACUUACCAAGCAAUUUUUGCUACUGCCUCCAAGUGAAUGAUGCCAGGCUUUACCAAGUACAAAUAAACGAUGUUCAGGAAAGGGUUGGCAUUAAUCUGUUUCACCCAUCUGGUGACCUGUUGACUGCUGCACCUCGAUAAAACUGUAGCUGGGACAGGCCUCCAAAUCAAUUCAGGCUAUCAAUGAUGUCUUUCAGUGUUGUAACCAUAAUAACUAAUGAAAGCACACUUUGAAGUCAUGUGGCAAGUUUGUGAUCUGAGGAUCUAAUUAUUUAGUUUGCAAUUUGGAAAUAGACAGUAAAUGGCAAAAAAUCUCAA